CGGGCAGCUCUGUGGCUGGCGGUGGAAGCAGCCCACGGUGCCCGGGGCCAUAAAGCCCGUCCCGGAGCCGAGGCCAGCGAGUCCCUAGCGCCGCUCCGCCCCCGGCUGCCCGCUAGCGCCGGGGAGCCGCAGCCGCUCGGCCUCGCAGGACCCUGCCCGAGCGCGCCUCCGGGCCGGGGAUGCCGGGCGACGGCGGCCGGGCGCUGCGCUGCUUGCUGGCCGCAGUGGGGCUGCUCUCGGCGCUCAGCGCCGCGGGGACGCUCUUCCUGCUGGGCCAGUGGAGGGAGCUGAGCGCGGCCCUGCGGGAGCUGGAGGCUGCGCGGCCCCAGGGGGGAGACGGUGACAGCAUCCUGCGGUCCCUCCUGGGCCCCACCGCCCCGGGGGCCGCGGCCCCACGGGCCGCCCGGCACAAGAGGAGCCACCGCGGAGCGGGCGCCAGGGGCCACGUUCGGGCCGAGAACGAUGAGUUGCUCAUGAUGAUGACCUACUCCAUGGUGCCGGUCCGUGUGAUGGUGGAUUUAUGUAACAGCACAAAAGGGAUAUGCUUAACAGGCCCUCCAGGCUCUCCAGGACCUCCUGGACUCGAUGGUUUACCUGGCUACAAUGGAUCAGAUGGCAUUCCUGGCAUCCCAGGGCCUAAGGGGGAACCAGGAGUAAAUGGAAGAAGAGGAAAAAUAGGUUUACCAGGACCAAAAGGCGAUCCAGGAGAGAAAGGAGAAAAAGGAGACCCUGGUGAACUGGGCUUACCUGGCAAAGAUGGGAUGCCAGGAGGAAAAGGUUCAAGAGGAGCGAAGGGGGACAAAGGGGAUGCAAACAAUGACGUGAUAUCAGAAGGUGCAAAGGGGGAGCCAGGGCUCCCAGGACCCCCAGGGCCACAAGGUCCUCCCGGGCCACCAGGGAAGCGCAAAGCAAAAUCCCAGGUUCAGGAGAACAUGUACAGCAGCAAGUGUACAGGUGAGACAUGUGCCAUACCAAACGAUGACACUCUCGAAGGAAAAGCGGAUGAGAAAACCAAUGGGUACCACCCAAAAAAAGCUGAAUGCGUCAUUAAAUCAAUAGGAAGUCCCACUGAGAUGGGUAAGAUACAGCAAACAUUUGGAACAUGGAUGAGGGAACCUGCAAAUAGAAGUGAUGAACGAAUUUGGCUUACGAUGCAUUUUUCAGGAAACUUCAUAAAAGAAUAUGAGAAUGCAAAUGCAUUGCUGAAUGACAGCUACAGGAUCAUUAGCCUCCCGGGGAUCUUUUAUGGAUGUGGCCAUGUGAUAUAUAACAACUGUCUAUACUAUCAAAAAGGAGGAACCAGUAUCAUUGUGAAAUUUGAGCUUCAUACAGCAUCAUUCAGAACCCUGACAAUUGAAAAUGCCUUACACAAUGGUCGCCACUACCUCUUUUCUAACUCCAAGACGUACUUCAACGUGGCAGUGGAUGAAAAGGGUCUUUGGAUUAUCUAUGCCUCAAUUAUUGAUGAAAAUAUCAUUGUAGCACAUGUUGACGAAGACACAUUUUCAGUCGUUCAACAUAUCAACACUACAUACCCCAAGUCCAAAGCUGGCAAUGCAUUCAUAGCAUGUGGAGUGCUAUAUGUUACUGAUACUAAGGAUAUGAGGGUAACUUUUGCUUUUGAUUUGUUGAGAGACAAGCAAAUAGAUGCAAGCUUUGAGUUAAGAUUGGCACAAUCUGUUCUUGCUAUGCUUUCAUAUAGUCUAAGAGAUAGAGACUUGUAUACAUGGGAGAAUGGCUAUUUAAUGCAAUACCCUGUACAUUUUGACAGCUGAAUGCUAUUUUAAAAUGAUACAUCAUGCUGGCCAUAUUGGGCUAAGUAGGUUAUUUAAAGCUAUAUCUUAUACAUCUCCUCCCUUUAGUAUACACACAUAUUUUCUAUUGAAGGUUAGUGGUUGUUUGUGUGUGCAUAAAGGGGAGACCAGACCCCUUUGUGUCAUUUAAAUAUAUUUAGGCAGUUCUUGGCUUUAUAGAGAAAGAGCUGUGUGUUAGAAACUUAUUUUUCUUUUUUCCCUACCAUACAGCUCAUAAUUAUAUCUACUGUAUACUGAUUAGUCUACAAUACUAUGUUCAGCAGGGUCUGUUUUUACUCUUAAUUUGCAAUUACUGUCUGCAAUUAUCUUCUAGUCAGUGAUUAUAGUUUAGUACAAAUAAGCUUCUUUGUAUCAAUUGCAUUUAAUAUUUUGCUUCAACUCUGAAUUUUGUUUAGUUGCGAUAUUUUUUUAAAAAUUGAUGUACAGUGAUUAAAAUGAUCAGGAACAGUAAUUUUUGUAGUAAAGUAAAUACCGUAAAGACCAAAGUAAUAGUUUAUUAAAAACUCAUUCCAUAUUUAUAAGUCAAAAUAGAAAAAAAAAAUAGAAAAAAGCAAGCAUCCUGAAAUUUGACAAAUCUGGCUAACUACUGAAUAACCAAAAAGCAAAUAGAGAGGUGAUGUAAAUGAUGGCUAGUGAAAUGUGAACUUAGGUACUCUGUAGGAGGAGGUGCUACAACAGGAAAUGUAGUCAGGGCAGGUGAAGCUCCUUUUAUUUAACAUUUUUUUGAUUGCUUAUCUUGAUCUUACCUCAUCUUUCUCACCAUUUUAUGGACGUGUAACUUGCCCUACUAUGCUUCCAACAAAUUUGGCCCAAAUUUACACAAAACUCCUAGUGACAAAUGAAGACUGUACUGUUGGAUUAGCAUAUUGCAAAAAAAAAAAAAAUCAACAACCUAAAACUUUGAAUGACAGUGAAUGAAUAUACUGGUCAAACUGCUUGAUGAUGAAAUUGGUUGUCCUGCUUGACUUUAGUCUUGGAUUGCGUUCAAAUAAAUGAUAGUUGCAGCUAUAGAAAAUAUAGCAGGAACUUUUGAUCUUGAUCACUAGGAAAAAUGACAUUUUACAGGCUGGAAGGGAUUAAGUUUGUUUGGCCUUGAAGAAUAAUGUAUUUAGUAGUUUGACUACUAGAAACUAGACUACGUAGCUUUUUGUUUAAAUUGCUAUGUUUGAAACUCUGCUCCAGUUCCUAUUGCUUGAGCCCGAUUAGUCACUGGCUUGAGCCCUGCAUAGUCAUGUAGUCACACUUGUGCAAAGUGGGUGUAAUAUGUUACCACAUUAGAAUGGCAGUAUUUAACACACACUUUUAAAUGGGUAUAAAUGACAGUGCAAGGCAGAGGCGAAUCAGGCCUUUGUGGUUAAGGUUAAUAAGCCAGAGUUUCAAUUUCCAUGUGUUUGGCAGCACUGUGUGAAGGAAUUUAAUUAACUUCAGAUCCAUUGGUAUCUUUACAAGCUGAAAAACAAAUCAACUGUUCCCAGGCCAGCUGCUAGAGCAUCUAUCAUUAAAAAAAAGAAAAGCACAUUGAAUAUGAUUAUCAGAUCUAAACUAUGUUAAACUGAGAAUUUGGCCUAAAAUGCAUUACAGGAUGGAAACCUCCCCCAUCAAUGCAGCCACCUGCACAGACAGGUGACCUUCACUAGCAAUUUGCCUCUGCCCAUCUCAACUCCCACACACUGAAAAGAAGUUAGCACCAACCUUUCAAAUUAAACACCAGGCAAAGGACCAUUGUUAGAUGGGUUAUGUUCUCAGUAUCACUCAUAUAUUUAGAGUUGUCACAAAAUAGUGAUGUGCCAUCUACAAUAUAUCUUACUCUCUAUAGAAAAAGGUAGGGUAUUUAUUUGCAACUGCUUUCUGUGAUGAUUUGGGGAAAUUUUCUGUGGACAACAAAUUAAUUCUGUUGAAAUUAUGAACAUCUGUUUGUAUCAGCCUGCAGACACCAUUUUGAAUGUGGGGGUGGGUUGCUUUCUUUCUCUGAUGUCCUUUUACAACCAUGUUUUCCAAAGCGGGCUUGGAAGUAGCACAGGGCUAACAAUGUACAGGUGUUAAAUCUUGAUAGUUCUCUUGUCAAAUAGGAGGAUCCUAGACAAAAGGCUGACUUCUGUCAGAAGUUAGUUUAUCAGGGGCAUCACCUGGUAGAGGUCUAUGCUCACCUGUUGAGAGUGAUCAGGUAGUCACAUGACACAGGAGACUGGUAGUUUAUAAAAGGACAGGAGGGCAGUCUUCUGUUUUUUUUGUUGGUUAUUUUUCACCACCUCAAGCUGUUGGAAGCUGUUUCAGGAGCUUGAGGAGGCCAGAGCUCACUGACCACAGUUGGACCCCACCAAAGACUUCCAAGGUAAAGGUGAACUAGAGUGAAGGGCAGUGUAGUUGGAGUACUUGUUUUCUCUGUGUACUCCUGUAUUUAAGAAUUGAAUUGUGACUAUGUAAACAAUUUUUUUUUU